AUGGCUUCAACUGGAUUCUCAGUACCUUUACCUUUUGCUUUCAUAGGUGAGAAUUACGAAUUCUGGGCAGCAAAGAUGAAGGCUUAUUUAAAGGCUUAUGAUCUGUGGGAAAUCACAGAAUCAGGUAUUGAACCACCAGCCUUAAGAGCAAAUCCUACAAUUGCUCAAUUGAAGCAACAUAGUGAGGAGGUUGCAAAAAAGUUUAAAGUCUUGUUCUGCAUCCGGUCAGCUGUGACUGAUGCAAUAUUUACCAGAAUAAUAACCUGUGAAACUGCAAAGGAGGCUUGGGACAGGUUGCAAGAGGAGUUCAGAGGCAAUGCAAGAACAAGACAAAUGCAAGUCUUGAACUUGAGAAGAAAAUAUGAGGGCCUGAAGAUGAAGGAUUCUGAUUCUGUCAAAGAUUAUGCUGAUAGGCUGAUUAAGGUAGUGAACAAGAUAAGGCUUUUGGGAGAUGACUUACCUGAUAGAAGGGUCGUUGAAAAGGUGCUGAUUAGCUUACCAAAAAAGUUUGAAGCUAAAAUCUCAUCUCUUGAAGACUCUAGAGCUCUGUCAUCCAUCACCUUAUCUGAGCUGGUUAAUGCCUUGCAAGCCACUGAGCAAAGGAGGUUAAUGAGGCAAGAAGAUCAAGUAGAAGGUGCCUUGUUUGUUAAAGGAAAGCAUAAGGCACAGACCAGCUUUAGGCCAAGGAAAAAUCAGCAAGAUAAGAGAAGAUUCGAAGGCAGCAAGGGUGCUGAUAAAAACUCUGCUUAUCCUCCAUGUCCACAUUGUCAAAAGACUGGACAUUCUUCAAAUUGGUGCUGGUUCAAACCAGGGGCGCAAUGCAAGUUAUGUAAGGAGUUUGGACAUGUUCAAAGGGUUUGUAGAAACAAGAAAGGGAAGCAGAUUGAGCAGCAAGCUAAAAUUGUUGAAAGUCAGCAACCAGAUUAG